AUGUUGGUCAAUGGUUGCUGGGAUGCUUGCAGCAGCCAAAGAAUAGAGGUUGAUGGCUCAGGAAUGACUAUGUUGGCUGUUGGAAUGCUUGCAGCAACUGAAGAAAGGCAAGUUCUCAUGGCUGCUGAGAGGCUUGCAACAACCAGGAAGGGUUGGUUUUGCCUGUGCAAUGCCUCCCAAUUUAUAGAAGGUGAAGGCUCUCUUUGGUUUCCAAAAGGUAAAAGGAAGUGUUGGAGCUAG